AUGGACCUAAGGUCCGUCUUGUCCUCUCUCCUUUACUUUCAGCAGGCAGUUAGGCAGGGGUAUCGAAGGAACAGAUGGUUCGCCACAGAGCUCGUAGGGCAAGUUGGCCUCUUACACAAGCGAGAUCAUGUUAUGUGCCGCCAGGCAAGUAUUUUUGUGGCUUCCGUUCACCAAACUAAACGGGGAAGUGAGUGUAUGUGGAGAAUUGUUUCCGGUCGCGUCCUAUGGGGACGCGCGAUUUCGGCAACGCAUGCAGCGAUCGCUCCUUCUUUGCCGAGAGCCUCUACUCUCGGGAACAGGUUCUUCAGAGUUCGAGCGUUUUCAUUGGGCGGAACACAUGAAUCUCAGACAAAGAAGAAGACACAAACUGACACGCAGGCUCGCGGGGAAGGGCGAGAGCGAGAGCAGCGCGGAGAUAGAGACGGCGAAGUAGCUGGUAUACCGUUGUCGGAACUGAGUUUCCGUUUCUGUCGGUCUUCUAAACCUGGUGGGCAGAGUGCUAAUAAAAGCGAAACAAAGGCUGUCCUAACAGUGUCAAUGCAGUCGCUGAAAAAGUACACCAGUUCUGACGUAGUACAAAAAAUACAAGAGGAAUUCGGACAGUGGAUAAAUAAGAAAGGAGAACUGGUGCUCUCUAGUGAACGACACUCGUCACAAGCUGGUAAUAAAAAAGAAUGCCUGAGCCGCCUAGCUGAAAUGCUCCAACAGCUGCGCGAUCGGCCGGAGAUUACGGGAGGGAAGAGUCCUCGUGAAUUUCAAAGCGAGGAGUCCCAACUCAAAUAUAAAGCCCGUCUUAUCGCCGGCAAGAGGAAAAACCAAUACAACAGACAAUGCCAUACCGUAAACAGGCGCGACUGGUAA